AUGAAACCGGUAAUUUGUACUGUCUUACUUGUGACAGUGUUUUGUGUGGUCUUUGCGCAAGAGGACUGCAUUACACCAACAAAGGUAGAUGGUACCUGCCUACCCAUAACUCAGUGCAAGAAUUUAAAACCUCAAAAAUCGCUGACAGCUGAAGAGCGCGAGUCCAUCAAACAGUGGCAUUGUGGUUUCGAAGGGGAAAUACCUAAAGUGUGUUGUCCUCCUGAAUCGAUUACAAUAAGUCCUAUCGAAAAGGUAACAUCAACUACGUCAUCACCGAAGCCGGCAUACCAGAAAGUUUGCGCGACCAGAUCUGGAACCUUUGGAUUUUGUGUCAGGCUUGCGUUAUGUCCCAAACUAUCCCAAAUGGUGACACGAGCCACGAAAGAAGAUUUAGAAUUUGUACAGAGAUCUAGGUGUACGGGUGACGCCCCGUACAGCGUUUGCUGCGAUACAUUCGAAACUGACAAUGCUAAGGACAGAUUUGCGGGUCAGUUACAAAAAUGUACUACCAAGGUCUCACCGUUUGAUCUGAAACCUCCAUGUUGUGGCACUGAAAGUACGGCGGGGAAUAAAAUUAUAGGUGGGACACCAACUUCGCUUGAUCAAUACCCAUGGUUGACAAUAAUUGAAUAUACAAGACCUUAUUUGUGCGGGGGAACUCUCAUUAGUAGUCUAUACGUACUGACGGCAGCUCACUGCCUCGUCACGACUACUAAGGCUUCUAGAGGGGCGAAAUCAGUUCGUCUUGGCGAAUACAACACGACUAACAGUGGGCCAGAUUGUAUAGAGGUGGAGGGCGAUGGGGAGGAUUGCACAAAUGGCACAAUCUCAAUACCAAUAGCCACGACUAUUGUACAUGAAAAUUAUGGUUCAGACCAAAAUAUUUAUCACUCUAACGACAUUGCUCUCAUCAAAUUAGCAGAGAUGGCUUCAUAUACUGAUUUCAUUCAUCCUAUAUGUUUACCGACAUCCGAUAUAACUCAAAGGCAACCUGACAACUUACGGUUCGUGGUAGCCGGUUGGGGCGCUGUGAAUGAGACAUUUAGUCAAAGCGACGUUAAGCUUCACACAACUAUCCCUUACGUGAAUCAAGAGCACUGUAGAGAAAAGGUCUACAAACGCGGCGGCGCGUCUGUGAUAUGGGACAAACAAAUGUGUGCCGGCGGCGAAUUAAAUAAGGAUUCUUGCAAAGGAGACUCCGGGGGCCCGCUAAUAUAUGCAUAUGAAAAGUAUCAAGAGAUCGUGGGAGUGAUAAGUUUUGGUUUUCUACAGUGUGGUAACGAUGGUCAGCCUAGCAUUUACACUAGAGUGUACGAUUACCUUGAAUGGAUUAAAGACAAUACCAAGCCC